UUCUCUCCACACCAAACUUUCUCAUUUUCAUUCUCCCUUUGAAUUUGUUUUUCAAUUUUCAUUCAAGAAACAAUGGAAAUUUCUACCGAUAUCACAUAUGGUCCAUUGGGACACAACGGUGGUGACUUUUGGAGUUUCCGACCUAUGAACAAAAUCAAUCAAAUUGUUAUUUUAUCUGGCGGGCCCGGAAAUAACAAUCCGAUUGGUUUAAUUUUUUCUUCGACUAAUAAGACUGGUUCAAAGGAUACCCUCACAAUUGGUGGAGGUGGGACAGAUACCACCGUCAUCCGCAGCGACACGAUUAAUAUUGAUGGCGCGGAUGAAUACCUGACCGAGAUAAGCGGAACGUUUGGACCUUUCAUGGAUAGGUCGUACAAUGUGUUACGAUCUGUAAAGUUUACUACCAAUGUGAGAGAGUUCGGGCCGUAUGGUCCCAAUGUUGGAACGCCAUUCAACUUCCAGGCUCAGAAUGGCGCCAAGAUUGUUGGGUUCUUUGGGCGAGCUGGAUUCUAUGUUGAUGCUAUUGGUACUUAUAAUGCGUGAUUAUAUGGUUACUCUGCAGCUCAAUGCUCCCUUGGGACACCUUUAUGUUUUGGUUGUUAGGUUGAAUAAGUUCCAGAAGGUUUGAUAACGUUGUAUUGAGCGGUGCAUGUUUUAUGUUUCUCAAAUAUGCUCUCGUGUGUGUGAGCAUAUUAAUAAAUAAUGUUGCGCCUAUUAUUAGGCGUAUAAUAAUAAUAUCCUUUCGUUUUAGUCUA